AUGCGUGUGGAGAUCGAAAGCGCCGCCAACUUCCUCUCUGAUCUCCUGCGCCUUCACUCCCAUUGUCCGCAACCUCCGCUCGUCGAGCAGUUCCGCCUCUCAAUCAUCGACCACUUGUUGGCCAACUAUACGCACCACUGGUUCCCCGACCGGCCCUUCAAGGGCUCCGCCUAUCGCUGUCUGCGCAUCAAUCACAAGAUGGACCCGACGCUGGCCAAAGCGGGCCGUCUGUGCGGUCUAACGGACGCCGCCCUCCGCGCCCUCCUUCCCAACGAACUGACCCUUUGGGUCGAUCCGAACGAAGUGUGUUAUCGUAUCGGCGAAAACGGCUCCAUUUGCCACAUCUUCGACUCGGCGCUCCCGAUGACUCUUCCGUCACCGCCGUCGCCGCCUUCCUCCCACCUCUCGUCCUCCCAGUCGUCCACCGCCUCCUCGUCGCCCUCGUCGUCGCCCUCCUCGUGGUACCAGUUCGGGGGCGGCGGUGGCGGCGACUUCCAGAUGCGCCGCUCGCCAUUGGUCGCGGCGGAAGACCCGUCGGCCACUCACUCGCAGAAAGCGUUUUAUUUGAAUUCUCUGUUGUCGUAA